CCGGCUCUCAGUUACAUAAUUACAAUCAGGAUGGCACCACCAAAUUUUGAAGGUGACUUUCAGGAUAUAUCCGAAAAUCAACUGGAAUUUAUCAAAAAAGUUAUUGAAGAACAAGGAUAUCAAGACUGCAAAGUGACAAUCAAAGCUGCAGGAGUUGCUGGUGAUAAUUAUUCAGCUAGCGUGAAGAGAAUAACUGUGGAAGGAGAAAAUGGGACACUGUCAAUGAUCGGCAAAAUAGCUCCUACCAAUGAAAUGGUAAGAAGACGUAUGGGAGCUCAAUUCAGUUUUGGCAAUGAGUGUAUUAUUUACUUAGAAUUCUUACCAAAACUGAGAGAGCUACAGAAGAAAGUUGACACCCCAGAAGAAGACUUAUACAAGUUUCCAAAAUGCUACGGAGCAAACCCUGAAGCGCCCAAUGAAGUGAUUCUGCUAGAAGACCUUAAGUCUAGUGAUUACAAUAUGCUGGACAGACUAAAACCACUUUCUGAUGAAUGUAUGAGAAGUGUGCUGAAGAAUUUGGCUAUCUACCACUCACUGUCUUACGUUUUGAAAAGUAAAGAACCUGAAACUUUUGACUAUUUCAAGGAGAGCUUAAAAGAUAUGUGGGGAGCCAUGCUUGCUUUUCCUAAAGAAGAAUUUGGAUUCUUCUUUCAACUUGAAGAUUUUGCUAUUGGAGUACUGGAUGAUCCAGAGCAUAAAAGCAUAGUAAAAAACAAAGUAGUUGAAGUAGUUGAACGUGCUGCUAAGAUGGCGAAAUUCGAACUUGGAAGCCGGUACUCAGUCAUUCAACAUGGUGAUUCUUGGGUGAACAACAUCAUGUUUAAAUUUGAGGGCGAGAACGUAAAGGACUCGAUACUAAUUGAUUACCAGCUAUCCAAGAACUCCAGUCCAGUAUACGACCUCCUCUACAUGAUCUUCAACUGCACCGACCACGAGUCUAGGGUUCAGAACUUCUACGACUGGUUGGACUAUUACCACGCAGAAUUAGACAAGUCCUUAUCAAACUAUGGUCUGAAAGCCAACUACGUUUACCCAAGAGAACAGCUGGAUGCUGACCUUAAACGAUAUGGCAAACUCUCAUUUGGGUGCUGUAUACUCUUAGCUAGUAUUCUAACAGCAAAUUCUGAAGAGGCUACUAAGUUCAAAGAGAAUUUUGAUGCUGCAGACUCUGGUCAAGUGGCUGGACCUAUGGAUAUUUUCCAGAGUGAGACCGCUGGUCGAAUGAAGAAACGUAUCAUUGAUGUUAUUGAAAGUUUUCUUAGUUUUGGUCUACUUUAAUUAUUGUAUUUUUAAAGGCAACUGAUCCUAUUCACACUUACCUUUUAAUAUUAUGUUUGUAAACUAGUCAAGGUUUAUAAUGGUCUUGUACUUUAAUUUAUACAACACCACGUCACGCCUUUUUAUCCCCGAAGGGGUAGGCAGAGGUGCACAUUAUGGCACGUAAUGUCGCUAUACAAUAUACACCCACUUUUCACCAUUUGUGUUAUAAGACCCAUGUAAUAGAGGGUGAGCCUAAUGCCAUAUACCGGGCACAAUUCCAGACUCCGUGCUACUACUGAGAAAUUUUCGAAAAACCGAAAAAAAACCCAGUAAUACUUUGCCCGACCCGAGACCCCUUGCCCCUUGCAGUCGCACUUGCGACCACUCGACCAACGAGGCAGUCCUACUUGCAGUACUUUAAUUUAUAUAAGUUUUAUAUUAUAAGAAUAUUGUUUUUUUAUCUAAAUUUCUAUGAUGUACGAUGUGGUUAACGUGCUAUGGAAAUGUGGAAAUAAUUGUGAUUGCAGUAAAAACAGUUAUUUAUGAUCGAAACGAAACGAGUAUUUAUUUAAUUUUGUUGUUUGCAUUAUCAGAUGUGACCUACUAUUUACUGAAUUCAAAACCUAGUUAGCAAUUUAUUAAUGUUGAAGGAGCUAACAUGAACAUUAUUUUGUAGAGGAACAAAAUUAUAUGAACGAAUACCUACUACUUUUUCCACUUAGACAAUUAAUUAUAAGAGAUAAAGAAAGAUAACAUCUUUGUAUAUAUGUACACGCGGCAACUGUAACUAGUAUACACCAACACAUCGGCACAACUAUCGCUAUACAAUAUCCCUGUGUGGGUAUUCCGUAGUAAUGUGCAUAAAAACGUUUGACUACUACGCACACAUUGGUAUAUAUUAUAAAUUUUGUGUCGGUAUAUGUAUUUUUAUAAUUUAAUAGAUGGGUAAGGUUAAAAAUAUUUACAAUUGAUGAUAUGAUUCAACAUUUUCACUAAACUAGACGUAGUGCUCGUAGACGAGUGGUUUAACGAGCUUGCUCUAAUCGUCUCCCUCUACGCCGAUGUGGGUUCGAAACCAGCAAAACAUAUAUUUUUUUUACAUGUAUUUUAUUUCGUUGUUUGUCUUUUUUAAGUUUAUUUUUGUUUUCUGUAUAAUAAAAUCAGACUAUAAAAGAAGCAUUUAAGUCGGUAAAUAAAA